AUGGAGCUAGUGGAGAAACUUGUUGCACACAAAAACCUGGAGGAAAGCGAUUGUCUGGUAUCAUUCUAUAUAAAAGCCUUACAUCCGAGCAUACCAACCAAAGAAGUCAUUUGGAAACUCGAGGAUUGGCUAACGGAACAAUGCGUAGAAAUGAACGAGAGGGAAAAGGCGAAAGUCUACACAAAACUAGCAGCUCUCUACAUGAAUUUGAACUACUUUGUCUGCAGAGACCAAUUCUACAAAACCACCUCAGGAACUGCAAUGGGGAACCCGUUAUCUCCCUUGAUAAGCGAAAUCUUCAUGAAAAGCAUAGAAGAAGAAAUUGAAAAACGGGGCAUCAUGCCAAAAUUUUGGGCACGUUACGUAGACGACAUAUUGGUUAUAAUUCCAAAUGAAGACAUCGAGAAAACACUGGAAGCAAUAAAUAACAUACAUCACAACAUAACUUUCACAAUGGAAAAGGAAGAUGACCAACGGAUAGCGUUUUUGGGCCUAGCAAUAAUAAGAACCAACAAUAAACUCGAGUUUGACAUAUGCAGAAAGGAAACUCACACACAGCGAACCAUACCAAGGAUAUCGAAACACACAUAUGGGCAGAAAGUGGCGGCUAACUACAGUAUGAUACAUGGGCUGCUAGUGACACCAUUGAUAGAAGAGCGAUUCAAAAAAGAAAUAACUUACAUAAAAGACACAGCGGUGAAAAAUGGAUACAGUAGGGGGAAAUAG